AUGUCGACCGUGAUUUGGAGUCCGACAAAGAAGCUUCCUCAUCAGUUGGCCCAUAUAGAAGGGAGUGAAGCCAUGGACCAAAGCACAGCAAAUCUUCUGUCUUAUGCGCUCAUCGAGGAGACCAUCUGGAACACCAUCAUCGAUCCCAUAAACCGAUUCCGGCAACAUGUCCUAGGCUUCAACAGCAUCUCAUCAGCUACCGGGGGAAGACUCAUAAUUGACAACGAGAUUCCCCAUACCUAUUUCUGUCCGGAAGUGCUUGUUCCAAGACCAAGUGAUUGGGAUAAUAUGAUUGAUGCGUCCGGCUAUGUAUUUACAGAUGAGGAAGCACAAUAUAGCCCGGCGCACGACCUGAGCGACUUCAUCCAGUCUGGCUCACCGCCGAUAUACUUCAUGGUGCAAGAGCACACCAUGGAAAGCCCAGGUAUGCUGACACGAGCCAUACAGGAUACCGUAAAGCACGGCUUUCGUGUCAUAUUGUCACAAGACUGCCGUGAUAUUUGUAGGAUUCUAAAUGACGAUAACGUGCUCCUGGUCGAGAAUAUCCCUCAUGCAUGGCUUCUACCGCAGGUUGCCGCUGUUGUCCACUCAGGAAGUGCAGAGCAGAGCGCACUGGCCUUACAAUAUGGAAAGCCAAGUGUAGUAAUCCCGCAUACAACAGAUCAGCUAUCACGAGGUAUAAGCCUUUCCUCCGUUGGUGCAGCAGCUGCACCGCUCACGAAUAACGUGCUUUCUUCCGAUGCAUUAUACCAGGCACUAGAAUUCUGCCUUCGUCAAGAUAUGCAAGAGUCAACUCGUGUUGUUCAAAGGCAGGUCCACGAUGAAUCAGGUCUUGAGAGCGCUAUUCAAGCAUUUUAUCGUUGGUUACCACCGCAGGUCCAGAAAUGCGACAUCACGCACCAGAACAUGGCUAUGUAUCAGAUCUGGAAUAAGCCAUCGUCGAGGAUCUCUCCCGAAGCAGCCGCAGUUCUGCUGGAAGAGCGGCUCAUAAAGCAGACUGAUAUUGUGUUGAUCACCCGCCGGACUUACAAUAUCCAGUGCGAAACCUCAAAGCCUUUUGAAGGUACUACAAGGGGUUAUUGGAACGGGGCCACGAUUGCUGCAAAGAACAUCGCCACGGCCUCGGAUUUGGUUAGCAUGCUGCCCGGGAUGCAACGCAAGAGCGACGACAGCAGUGUAGAAAAGUCGAAGAGAAAGAAUCUGGCCAAGGGCGUUGGUAUCGGUACGGCGAGAUUCUUUGGAAACGUCGCUCUGCUUCCUUUCACAAGCACCGCACUGGUCGUUAAUACCGUUGCAUAUGGUGUGAAAGGGGUGAAGGGAGCCAAAACACUAGAUAAAGAGAGUACUGUAGCCGAUACAGCAGCAUCAUACCAUGAGUCCGAAUUCCCGCCGAGCGACAACCCUCGCAUUGAAGCAUACCGGUCGCGCCCAUCCGCAAAGCAGGACUACGGUAUAAUAAACUGCACUACAGGACUAAGGAAUCAAGUCAAUCUAAAUACAAGCGACUUCUCCACAACAGAGCCAAGAACAGAGAAACACAACAAACUACCGUCAUCUGUUCUGAUCAAGCAAAUCCAAGCCAGGGAUGAAGAGCAUAUUGAAGCUAUCUGUCGCAGACACCUUGACCGCGGGUUCAAGAACCCGAUGCUCAAAAAUCCGGAUUUCAGGCGACUCGUGAUUAAUAAAUAUCAGGGCUGA